GAAAUGGAAAACAGGGGACAUUUUGGUGUUGUGAACUCUCUAGACAUGUCAAAAUACUCCGGGGAGAAACAAUGUGGCGGUUUUCUGGCUCGCUGACGGUUCGUGCAGUUCGUCCGGGCGACAAAUGAGGGUUGAGCCCCGGUUCCGCUGAAGGCUGUGUUAGUUCCAGGCUCGGCUGCAGCUGUGAAGAAAGAGAUUGUGUAAAAACCGCUUCCCCAUGUUGAGAUAAAACAUGGACGGGUGGAGCACGGCCGCCGCCUCGGACCAGGACCGCUCCAGCUCCGAGGGGGAGUACACCCUGGACCCGGGGACCGGAGGGGAGGCCCGGGCUGAGGCCGGGCGGGAGGACGGGGGCGGCGGCAGCGCCGCUGCGGUCGGGUUCGGCAUCAGCGGGAUCGGAGAGGGUAAAGUGGUUCUGGGCCGGGUCGGCCAGAGAGACGACAGCGAGCUGCGGUACCUGCACCUGCUGUGGGAGCCGGGGCGAUGCGAGUUCGGGGGGGACGCGGUGGGCAGCAGGCUGGGGAAGGUGACGGGCAGCCGGGCCAGGAGACACUUCCGAGCCGUGCGGAGCAUGGCCCCCAUGGGGAAAGAUGUGUACGCUGCAAAAAGACUGAGGGAAGCGGCCAAUAGCAACGACACUGACACAGUGCGAAAGCUCCUGGAAGAUGACAUAGACCCCUGUGCUGCAGAUGACAAGGGAAGGACAGCCCUUCAUUUCUCUUCCUGCAAUGGCAAUGAUGGCAUUGUGCAGUUGCUACUGAGCUACGGCGCUGACCCCAACCAGCGAGACAGUCUGGGGAAUACCCCUCUCCAUCUGGCGGCCUGUACCAACCAUGUGCCUGUAAUCACCACAUUGCUAAGGGGAGGCGCCCGUGUGGAUGCCCUAGACCGGGCGGGGAGGACCCCGCUGCAUCUAGCACGCUCCAAACUCAACAUUCUGCAAGAGGGAGACUCACGCAGCUUAGAGAUGCUGAGAGGUGAAGUCACGCAGAUUAUUCAGAUGCUGAGGGAGUAUCUGAACUUAAUGGGCCAGAGUGAAGCUAGAGAGAGGCUGGACCACAUUUCUACACAGCUGCAACACACACGCACCAAAGAGCAGGUGGAUGAAGUGACUGAUUUACUGGCAAGUUUCACAUCCCUGAGUCUACAGAAGCAGAAUUUUGGUGACAGGUAGAAGAUUAAUGCCACAAAAAGUGAACUCCCAGCUCCAUUUCAAGCAGGAAAAGCCUCUGUUUCUCCAGCCACAGCAAUUCAAGUAAAAUCUGAACCCUCAUACCACCGUUGUCUGCUCUUAACAUUUACCACUGCUGUAUUAGACAGAUUUACACUUUAUUAUUUCAAACAAGAUGAGACGGUUUAACAUCAGCUGAUAAAUGAUGGGUCACACACACCACCUUGUGAAUAAUGAAGGCGAAAGGAAUCGCUGAAACAUGUCAGGUACUUAAAAAAAAAAAACUAAAAAUGUUUUUGUCUGACAAAAAGAAUUAGAAAAUGAAGAUGAGAAUGGAUUGAAUAACCACAGCACUAAUCAAGUUCUGAUGCUAUUUUAUCUUGUUAAAGUUAUUAGACCACAAGUCUUAAAAACCAGUGCUGUUGGUGAAUAUGAGGAAAAAAGGAGUUUAAAAAAAAUCCCUUAAAGCCCAACUACACUGAUGAAAGGAAGCUGGGGGAACAUGACAUCCACCCAGAGAUACAGUGGGAACAUUCCUCUUCAUUGUGUGCGAGGACAUUUGAGUCAAAGAUGUUGUUUUGCCUGACAGUAAUUGACAAAUUAUGUGAUAAUUAUGCGACAAAGUGAUUUAAACAGUUUUACUUGACUUUUUUUGCUGUCAAAAUCCUAUUUGUAUUGUUGCUUUCUUUUUGGUAUUGCAUGACAUGUGUUUUCUUGUGAACUGUAUUUGAACAUAUGAAGGUUUGCUGUUGAAAAUGGAUCUGAACCAAUAAAUAUCUUUGACUAUA